UGAAAUUCUGUACCUUAUUCGUGAAAUCACGGUGUAGGUUUAGCUUCGGGGUUAAACUGUUACCCAAGUCUAAAAAGAGGUUCGUGGUACCUGCUUGCUGAUUUUUUCACCUAAAGCCAACCCUGGUUUUUCGGUUUUCCAAUGGAGUCAUCCGCUCACAAGGAAUCCAAUGAUCGUCUUGAGGAAUCAAAAAGGUUAGUUGAAGCAAAGUGUGCACUGCGUCGUUCUAAUUUGACUCCAGAAAGGCCAGAUUCAGGAUUUCUAAGGACUCUUGAUUCUAGCAUCAAGCGUAAUACAGCAGUCAUAAAAAAACUAAAACAGAUAAAUGAAGAGCAGCGAGAAGGACUUUUGGAAGAACUUAAAUCAGUGAACGUGAGCAAAUUUGUGAGCGAAGCCGUAACAGCCAUUUGUGAUGCAAAACUUAGAAGUUCAGACAUCAAUGCAGCUGUGCAGGUCUGCUCAUUGCUGCAUCAGAGGUAUAAGGAUUUUUCACCCACUUUGAUUCAAGGGCUCUUAAAAGUCUUCUUUCCUGGUAAAGCUAUUGAAGAUGCUGAUGUAGACCGGAGCUUAAGAGCAAUGAAGAAGCGAAGCACACUAAAGCUUCUUAUGGAGCUAUAUUUUGUAGGAGUUAUAGAGGAUUCUAGUUUUUUCAUAAAUAUCAUAAAAGACCUUACUAGCACAGAGCAUUUUAAGGAUAGGGACACUACUCAAAUGCAUCUAUCAUUGCUUGUCAGUUUCGUUCGUCAAGGGAGGGCCUUUCUAGGUCUCCCUCUUUCAGGCCAAGAUUUACAUGAUGAGAUUUAUAAGGAGCUAAAUGUUACUAUGGAACAAAAGAAGUUUCUCAGGAAGGCAUUGCAGUCAUUCUAUGAUGCAUCUGUGGAGCUUCUUCAAUCAGAGCAUUCUUCCCUUAGACAGAUGGAACAAGAGAAUGCAAAAAUGUUGAAUGCAAAGGGAGAGCUAAGUGAAGAAAAUGCGAUUGCAUAUGAAAAACUGAGAAAAUCGUAUGAACUCUUGUUCCGGAGUGUUUCAGCUUUGGCGGAAGCACUGGACAUAAAGCCUCCUGUGAUGCCAGAGGAUGGCCACACUACUAGGGUUACCACUGGUGAAGAUGGAUCUUCAGUUGCAACUACAAAGGAUGCUUCCAAUCCUGAACCUGUUUGGGAUGAUGAAGAGACUAAGGCAUUCUAUGAAAGCUUACCAGAUCUUAGGGCAUUUGUCCCUGCAGUGUUGCUGGGAGAAGCAGAACCUAAUAAGACUAAUGAGCAAUCGCACAAGACUCCUGAACAACAGCAGGAAAUACUAUUUGAAUCAGAGCAAGGUCAUUUGUCUGUUCCAGAAACUGCAGAUUUGAUUCAAGACAUUGAAACCUCAAAAGGAGAGGGGGCAUCUGAUGAUAAGUCCAGAGAAAAAGAAGAUAAGGAAAGGGGCAAAGAGACAGAAAAGGACAAGUGGAAGGAGAGAGACACUGAUAAGAAAGGAGAAAAAGAAAAUGAAAAGGAUAAAGUCAAGAGUCUUGAUGGUCCAAAUUUAGAUACUCUGUUGCAACGACUUCCAGGUUGUGUCAGUCGUGAUCUUAUUGACCAGUUGACGGUAGACUUUUGUUAUCUCAAUUCAAAAAGUAAUCGGAAAAAACUUGUCCGAGCAUUGUUCAAUGUCCCUCGGACAUCAUUAGUACUGUUGCCAUACUAUUCAAGAAUGGUGGCAACAUUGUCAACAUGCAUGAAAGAUGUAGCUUCAAUGAUUUUGCAGCUGCUAGAAGAAGAGUUUAACUUCUUAAUAAAUAAGAAGGAUCAAAUGAAUAUUGAAACAAAGAUUAGAAAUAUAAGGUUCAUUGGGGAGUUGGCAAAGUUCAAAGUUGCUGCAGCAAGUCUUGUAUUUAGCUGUUUGAAGGCCUGUUUGGAUGACUUCACACAUCAUAACAUAGAUGUUUCUUGCAACUUGCUUGAAACAUGUGGCCGUUUUUUGUAUCGCUCACCAGAAACAACAAUACGAAUGGCAAACAUGCUGGAAAUAAUGAUGCGUUUGAAAAAUGUCAAAAAUCUUGAUGCCCGUCACAGUACAUUGGUUGAGAAUGCUUACUAUCUUUGUAAACCACCUGAAAGAUCUGCAAGAGUUUCUAAAGUUAGACCUCCUUUGCAUCAGUAUGUUCGGAAACUGCUAUUUUCAGACUUGGAUAAACAAUCCAUAGAGCAUGUCUGUCGUCAGCUUCGUAAACUACCGUGGAGUGAAUGUGAACCAUAUGUUCUAAAGUGUUUUAUGAAGGUUUACAAGGGAAAAUAUGGUCAAGUACACCUUAUUGCAUCUCUUACUGCGGGCUUAAGUCGUUAUCAAGAAGCAUUUGCUGUUGCUGUUGUGGAUGAGGUUCUAGAGGAGAUCAGGCUUGGACUGGAGUUGAAUGAUUAUGGAAUGCAGCAGCGGCGCAUAGCACAUAUGCGCUUCUUGGGAGAGCUAUACAAUUAUCGUCUUAUUGAUUCAUCUGUGAUCUUUGAUACACUUUAUUUGGUCCUUUUCUUUGGACAUCAUACUGCAGAGCAAGAUGAACUAGAUCCAUCAGAGGAUUGUUUCCGCAUUCGGAUGGUCAUAACUGCACUCCAGACAUGUGGCCACUUUUUUGACAAAGGUUCUUCUAAAAGGAGGCUUGACAAGUUUCUGUUAUAUUUUCAAAGAUAUAUUCUCAGCAAGGGGGGCAUACCUCUGGAUGUUGAGUUUGAUCUCCAGGAUCUAUUUGCUGAGUUACGACCAAAAAUGAUUAGAUAUUCAUCCUUGGAGGAAGCAGAUGCUGUUAUAACUGAGUUAGAAGAACAGGAAUGGAAUGGAGCUCCUGAAAAGACAGGAGGUGAAAGACAUUCUGAUACUGAAGGAGGAAAGACAGCUCUAAAUUCUGCACGUGUUGCGGUCAAUGGUCAAAUGGCAAUGAAUGGAACAGAGGAGAAUGGCAUGGGGAUUGAUGAUGGAGAAAGUGGAAUUGAAACAGAAAGUAGUAGCUUGGAACCAGAUGGUCAUGAAGAUGAGGAGGAAUCAGAUGAAGACAAGUCUGCUGAUCAUGAUGAUGAACUUGAUGAUGAAAAUGAAGAAGAUGAUGGUGGGGAACAUGUUCCUUCUGAAGAAGAAGAUGUGCAAGUAAGACAGAAGAAACUGAUGGAGGUUGAUCCAGAAGAGGAAGCAGAUUUUGAACGUGAGCUGAGGGCAGUUAUGCAGGAGAGUUUAGAUUCUCGUAAACUAGAAAUACGGGCACGUACUACACUGAACAUGGCAAUUCCUAUGAAUCUUGGUGAAGGAUCCAGAGAACACAACAGGGCAAGUGAGGUAGAAAGUGGCGAUGAGAAUUUAGAUGAAGAGAGUGGUGGGACUAAUGUUUCUUUUAAAGUUCUUGUAAAAAAGGGUAAUAAGCAGCAAAUCAAGCAAUUGUACAUUCCACAUGAUUGCUCUCUUGUGCAAAGUACAAAGCAGAAGGAAGCAGCUGAACUUGAAGAGAAGCAGGACAUCAAAAGACUGGUUUUAGAAUACAAUGAACGGGAGGAAGAGGAUUCAUCUGGUGCUACAGCACAGCCAAUUAAUUGGCCUCCAGUAGGUUUAGGUGCAGCAAAUAAAGGAUAUGGUGGCCAAGGAGGAUGGGAUGGUUCUGGGAGGUCAGGAAGUGCACGUCAGAGGCACCAUCUACAAGGUUCGGGCUAUAUUCGACGCAGAUAGAAUGCUGCUGCACAUUAUUUUCUUUGUGACUUUUAUUACAGGGAUUAUUUUAGUUCUCUCAAUGUGGCCAGGUGCAAUGUUGUCAUGUAGAGCCAGAGCCAACCAAUCCAGAGCCAACGAUUGGUUUGCUGAUUCCAUGGAUGGUGUUACUAUGCCAGAUGCAAUGAUUGAAUGAUAUCCAUCUUGAUGCAUGCCUUUUUAGGGUCCACUGGAAAAUUUGUAUCUUUUAACAGCUGUAUUUUCCUUUGGCUUAUGCAAAUCCAAAAGGAGCACAAUUGCUGAAGUCCCUAAAUGUACAUAAAGCGAGUUGGAUGGGGUUAUAACACCAAAAUAUGCAAGCGUUUUGACCUGAAGUGCAUGCAGCGACUGAUUGACAGCAACCACACCACUGAAAUAUGGAAUGUUACAUGCAUGAUUUUUGAGAAAAUGCAGAAUAAGACCGAAAAUUAUAUUAUAUGACAUUUGUGAUACAUCUGCCUUUGCUCGUGAGUCAACUGAAGAUUCAUCUUUUUGUGACCUUUUAGUGGUGAAACAUGCACAUAUUUAAGAAAUUCCUAUAUAUUGGCUAGUGAAAAUACUGGAAGGUGUUUAUUCUUGCUGUUGAUUUAGAAAGAAUUUUCACAUUUAUUCUUUCUUUAUUCCUCCAUUUUUUGGUGUUCAAACCUUGGGCUAUGUGAUCUGAGUACUGUGUGCUUGUAUCAUGAUCUUAUCAUUUUUUAUGCCAUGAACAUGUUUAUUGA